AUGUAUAUAGUAUUUGAGAGCUCAAAAUCUGCACAUAUUUUCGGAAGACCAGUACCGGAAGACGUGGCAUGGACUAGGAUAGAUCGGGCCCAGAAAAAGCUGGACAUGAUACCUCCUAGGUUAAAAGUGGCCAUGGGAGUUGUUUCUGGAAUGGUAGCCACCACAACCGUCCAUCCGCUCGACGUGAUCAAGGUCCGUCUGCAGCUGUUCCCGAAAAAGGUGGCGACGAUGACGAUGCUCCAUCGCAUCAUGGUCUGUGAGGGCACUCGCGGGCUCUACGCCGGGCUGACAGCGGGGCUACUGCGGCAGCUGACCUACACGGGCAUGCGGCUUCGCGUCUAUAAUGCACUCUAUGAUAAAUAUAAGAAAAUUCACAAGUCCUUCUGUUUCAUCAGAGACUACGACAAGGACCCUGACUUCACAUCGCGUCUCCGCAUCGCCGUUUUCGCCGGACUGAUUGGCGCGUUCAUGGGCACACCCUCGGAGAUAGCGCUGGUUCGCAUGAUCGAAAUAGGGCGUCUGCGGCGCUCGCGCUGCUCCCCGCCCUGCUCUGUGUCCUGCAAAUAUGUACAACGACCCGAAAACGUCAUUUUACAGCUACUGAGAAUAGCCCACAGAGAAGGCGUGGCGACGUGGUGGCGUGGCGCAGUGCCCACGCUCAUACGGUCCAUCUUCGUUACUACAACACAAGUCGGCGUUUACGCCGAGGUCCGGAAAGCGUUCACCCGGGGCGAAUUUGUGGACACCGGCAUCAAACUGCAUCUGUACACCGCUGCCAUCUCCAGCCUCUUCUCUGCCUUCCUGUCGCUGCCCAUCGACCAGGUUAAGACCAGAUAUCAAUCAUACCAAGAGCGUCACCGGCGCAUCGUGGACAUCCUCAAAGGCAUGCUCCGCCAGAAAGGCGUGAUGUAUCUGUGGAAAGGUUUCCUCCCCUACUACAUACGGCAGGUCGUCCACACCGUCAUCACGUACGUCGUACUGGACGAACUUAUCGACGAAUACGUCGACUUCCGAGAAGCGACACUGCCCAAGAGAUAG